AUGCCGGAUAUGAAAUAUAUUUUGGUUACCGGUGGAGUAAUAAGUGGUGUUGGAAAAGGUGUGAUUGCAAGUUCUUUUGGCACAAUUUUGAAAAGCUGUGGUAUCGAUGUGACUUCAAUAAAAAUUGAUCCGUACAUUAAUAUCGAUGCAGGGACGUUCUCUCCAUACGAGCACGGUGAAGUUUACGUGCUCGAUGACGGUGGUGAAGUUGACCUUGAUCUUGGCAACUAUGAGCGCUUCUUAGAUAUAACACUACAUAGAGACAAUAAUAUAACAACUGGCAAAAUAUACCAGCAGGUUAUUGAGCGUGAAAGACGAGGAGACUAUCUUGGGAAAACUGUUCAAGUAAUUCCACACAUUACCGAUGCGAUUCAAGAAUGGGUGCAAAGAGUAGCCCAUAUACCAGUGACACCAGACAAUGCUCCACCGAGGGUCUGUAUAGUGGAACUUGGUGGGACUAUAGGAGAUAUUGAAGGAAUGUCAUUUGUUGAAGCAUUCAGACAAUUUCAGUUCAGAGUGAAGAGAGAGAACUUCUGUUGUGCCCAUGUAUCUUUGAUUCCCAUGCCAAAAUCAACCGGAGAACCUAAGACAAAACCAACACAAUCUUCAGUCAGAGAAUUACGUGGUUUGGGCUUGUCACCAGACUUGAUACUAUGCAGAUCAGAGAAACCUAUCAACCAAGGAGUUAAAGAGAAAAUAUCCAAUUUCUGUCAUGUAGGACCAGAACAGGUAAUAUGCAUUCACGACUUGAGUUCCGUGUACCACGUACCCCUCCUAAUGGAAGCCCAAGGAGUAGUGCAAUAUUUAAACGAAAGGCUUCAACUGAAUAUUUCCAUGCCACGACCAGGAAAGUUUAUGCGGAAAUGGCACAAUCUAGCUAAACGGGUCGACAAUCUUCGCAAAGAAGUGAACAUAGCUCUAGUAGGUAAAUACACAAAGUUGGAAGACAGUUAUGCAAGUGUCACAAAAGCUCUGCAGCAUGCCUGCAUAGCAUCGGGAAGCAAACUGAACCUGACAUACAUUGAGGCUGUGAACCUAGAACGACAGACUAAGAUAGACGACCCUGUUAGUUACCACAAAGCAUGGCAGAAUUUAUGCAAGAGCGAUGGUGUCAUAGUUCCCGGUGGAUUUGGCCAAAGAGGAAUGGAAGGCAAAAUCGAAGCUUGUCAAUGGUGCCGUGAAACACAAAAACCGAUGCUUGGCAUCUGUCUUGGUCUACAAGCCUCUGUGAUAGAAUUUGCUAGAAAUGUAUUAGGACUUAAAGGUGCUAACACGACUGAGGUAGAUCCCAAAUGUGAGGACAAAUUAGUAAUAGACAUGCCUGAACACCAUCCUGGAAAUCUAGGUGGAACUAUGAGGCUAGGAAAAAGGAAGACUUAUUUGGAACCCAGUGUUAUAACCCAACUAUACAAGAGAGAUGUAAUAGAAGAACGUCACAGACAUCGGUAUGAAGUAAACCCAGAAUACAUAGAACGUCUAGAAGCAGCUGGUCUCCGUUUUGUAGGCAAAGAUGAGACAAAAACUCGAAUGGAGGUCGCGGUAGUAGAUAAUCACCCUUACUAUGUCACAGUGCAGUUUCACCCGGAGUAUUUAUCACGGCCAUUGUCACCUAGCCCACCGUUCUUAGGACUAAUUUUGGCAUCCCUUGGAAAACUAAAGAACUACUUAUCAAAGGGAUGUCGGUUAAGCCCACGAAACCAGUCUGAUGUGAGCUCAGAUGAAGACGAUAUAUCCGUGUCUUCUUUAAGUAUAGCUGAUGAAAAAACCGUAAUUGAAAAUGGAAUCGCCGUCAAUGGUGUGAGCAAAUAA